GUUUAUCAACUGAUUUCACUUGAAAGUAGUACCUGGUCUUGGUAUGAUGGACCAGAACCAAUCAAACUGUGGGUGAGUUUAGACAAAUGGAUGGAUGAAUGGGAAUUUGGAAUACGUCAUUUACUAACGUCUACGUCACGCUCGUUGCUAAGUUGAUUGGUAAAAGGAACCGGCUGACAACUAUUUAGCUGGCUAGAUAGAUAGUGAGAUGGAGGGGUUUUGGCGGCAUGCUCAAACCACACGGAGGAUGGACCGUAGUGGAAGUAUCUGUAGGCGUUUUAUAAAUGGCGCUUGCAGAUUUGGUCCAAGGUGUAAUUAUCGACAUGAAUGGCCAGCUAUACAGUCAUCCCAAAUAUGUAGGUACUUUCAGAAAGGUGGAUGCUGGUAUGGUGAUAGCUGUAGGUAUCUUCAUGUUCUUCAAUCUGAAGUGGCAGCGGGUAGAAGAGGUUCAGUGCCGACCGGUUCCUCCACCGGGGAGGUUUAUGCUCUGCCUGACAGAAGAGGUUCAGAGCCUGCUUUUCUGCAGGCACAGGUGACAUCUACGCGGGAAUGCAGCAGAUCACAAUUGUCGGAUAAUAACUCAAAUCCUCACUUUGGGCGCCUGGCAACAGAGAUUACUGAGGAACAAUCACCAGAUAUGGACACUGCCCGCACUGCUUCUUGGGAGUUGAUCCAGAGCUCAGAAGUUGCUCAAGCAUGUGAUGGAAGAAAUGAGCAGGAGAUUUCUUCCAGCGAGACAACAGAGGAGGGUGGUGCUGCGGCGGCUUCUAGUACCCAGGGGAAUAAAGAGGAAAUGGAGUCCUUCCUUCAGAGUAAAAAUGUGACCUGUGGCAUCUGCAUGGACAAGGUGUAUGAAAAGACUGAUCCAAGAAACCACAUUUUUGGAAUUUUGCCAAACUGCAAUCACGCCUUCUGUUUACAAUGCAUCAUGACCUGGAGGAAGACAAAAGACCUUGGGCCGGAGGUGGUAAAGAGCUGCCCACAGUGCCGAGUGAGGUCUGCCUUUUAUGUACCUAACAGACACUGGGUUGAAGGACCAGCAAAGGAAAGCCUGAUUGCUGCCUUCAAAGAGAAAUUCAGUAAGAGAAGAUGCAGUUACUAUACCCGGUACAGAUGCUGCCCUUUCAAAACAGAGUGUCUUUAUCGCCAUGACAAACAUGCACGUCACAGGUCAUUUCAGUAUGAUACAGAAGAGGACUACGAUGGUGUAGAUCUGCUUAAUCUUUUCAUAGCCAUGACCCUUAUCGGUGACGACGACGACGAUGAUGAAGACGACUUUGGCUUUCCUUUUUAUCUAUCUGAGGAGUAUGGUUUCUGAGCUUUUUCAGUGACUGGAUCCACUGCAUAGGGGUCCUGAUUUAAAUUGGCCCAAGAACACAUGGCUGUGUUUUGACCCUUCUGACGAUAUGGAAACCACUUCAUGAGCAGCUGUGAUCAAGAUCCGGGAUGUCAACCAUGGACCGCCCAGUGUGUUGGGGUUUUAAAUUGGUCCGACUACAGCUGGUGAUUUUACUGACCUAGCACUCUUUCAACCAGAGAGGAACUAACUUGUGAAAUCACUUGCUACAGUCUGUUUGGAAUUGAGGACGUGUACACUCGGCUCUCUGCGGUUGGUUUGUUUGCUCCAGUUCUAUGUAAGCAUCCCAGAUGUAAUGCGUCUUUACUUGGUCUAAUAAUCUUGUGGUUAAUCUGUGGCUAUCUAGUUUUGGAUUUAUUUCACUCCAGUGGCCAUAGUUGUUUAAACAUGAAUGUUAAUUUCCCCUGUACCUAUGAUUAAUGGGAGUGCUCAUUCAGACUUCUGAGCAAUUUGCACCAUUUUGAUAUUUUAAAGUGUUUUGUGGAUGGUAGUUUUAAUUGUCUAUAGAUGAAAAGUAUGCUUUACCCUUCUUGCUAAUGUCUACCGAUUCCUGCUAAAAGUAAUGUUAUGAGACCCUUUUUCUAGUUUUGGUAAGAAUAUGGACUGUAUAAGAUUUUUAUUUCUUUUUAAACGAGUUGUACUUGUACACAGAAAAUAAAACAUUGCUUCACACUCU